UGUUUAGCUGAGAUACAACCUGCCGCAGUGUACGCCCUUUAAAACAAAUGUUAGACACGGAACAAGGAAGUUCAGCACCUGUUGUCGCUGCCUCUUUAUAGACUUACAACACCUACUGCGGUUAUUAGUGAGGUGUUGCGAAGCUUCAUCAUGUUAGAAGCUGAGGAGGAAGGAGUGCCCAUUGAGGAACAGCAGCAUCAGCUCAGCUCUUCUUCCGGCGGGCAGGAGGACACUCAACCUGCUGCCCGCACAGAGGGCACAGAGGAGCGGGCAGUGAAGGGCGGAGUGGCCCCCUCCACUGCCCGCACAGAGGGCACAGAGGAGCGGGCAGUGAAGGGCGGAGCGGCCCCCUCCCAGUAUAAUUCCAUCUCUGUGGAGUCAUCUCCGGAACAGUUCAAGCUCAGGAGGUUCUUCGUGUUGAGGCCUGGCACUCUGAAUCAGGCCAUCAAAGACGUUGAAGCUCUGGUGGAUAAAGAAAUAGAUGGCAGCCUUCGCAGCAUUUGGCUGAUGUCAGAGGUGGAUCACUGGAACAAUGAAAAAGAGCGUCUUGUUCUCAUCACAGACAGCUCUCUCCUGGUCUUCAAAUAUGACUUUGUCAUGUUCAACUGUGAUCAAAUCCAGAGGAUCCCACUGAACUUUGUGGACCGCAUCUCCCAUGGCACCUUCAGCUUCCCAAAGCGCUCUCUGCUUCAUGCUCUCUGCGACAUCCAUAACUUUCGCGAGCAGCUCAAAGAUGCGGCGCAGAAAGUCCACGCCUUGAAGCCAGUUCCUGGGAAGGCCAAUGGCGUCUUGGUCCUGAAGCAGCCAAUCCAAAUCGAGGCUUACGUGGGCGUCAUGUCUUUCCUCGGAAACCAGAACAAACUGGGAUACUGUAUGGCUCGAGGAAACCUUGGCUUCUAACUCGUCUACAUUUUCUAAUAUUUUGGUUCAAAUUGUGUGCUAUAAUUUAUAAGGCUUGAAUUCAUGUCGAUAAGCUUGUUUACAGAGAGUUCAUUCAAAUUCUACAAGGAUUGACCAAAAAUGUUUCCACAUUCAGGUUUGUGUCACAGCCUGGGUUCUCAUGAUGUUCUGUGUGAGGUUUAAACAACUGUGUGAUUUCCCCCGCUGCUUAUUACCAGUGUGUGGUGUCUGAGCACUCAGAAAUAUCCACAUUUCAACACGGCUCUUCACUGGAUGACGGAUCCCCCACUGCUCUCAAGGAGCUUUGUUAUUUGCUCCUCAGUGAUAUGGUAAUUCAACUCUUUCGCAAUGGGACUCCUUUCUUCCUCCCCCAGUGUCUCUGUUAAAAGCUCAUUCCCAUGCCAUUCUGCCCCUUAGAGAUUCACUGGAGCAUGGGGGCACAUUUGUCAGUUUAGUUGUAUCAUUCCUAGUGUAUUUUUACAGUGCAUACAGUUUUGGAAUUUCCCCUUGAUUUGUGUGUUUACUGUGUGUAGCUCUGCCUUGUUUUGGUAUCAUCUGUUAGUCUUAUGAGCCUGUCACAGACAUAAAAUGUAGGCUUACAUAUUUUGUACAUAGUACAUAUGUCUGUACUAAAUAAGAAUUUAUGUUUGCUGAAGGAUAAACCCAAUGGUGAGAAUUGACACUUCAGAAAUGCCACAAUUAAUGAUGUCCUGCUGCUGCAGUUAUAGUACAAUAAUAUUAGUACACAUUAGACCCACUAGGUCUUUUUUUUUUGGGUUGCAAUAUGCCUGUACUGUUGUCUGACUGCUGUACUUGUUUACAUUUAAAAACAAUAAAAAGUUGUUCACAAAAAAAAAUUAAAUGAAAGCGCCAUCUGAUUUCAUGCUUCACACAGUGCAAGUAGUUUUCCACACAGCAGCAGGGCACAUUUAAAUUGGGUUACCUUGCUCAGGAGUAACAGCUUGUUGUGGCAGCAAUUGACUGUUAUAUUAGACCCUGCAAUAUUUAAAACUAAUGUGGUGUUAAAAAUGACCAAAAUGACCAUGUCUUUAAUUGUGGAUGUGUUUUUGAUGAAUGAUCGUGGUCAGCACUGACGUUAGUAACAAAUACAGUUUCAUAUGACCAUUUUAGUGUAAAGCAGGAUGCUUAGGUUUGCUUCAGCAGUAACGUAUUACAGCUAUAAAGAGAGCAGUGCUGGGUAGGUUGCUUGAAAAAUAAGGCUGUCCGUGGGGUCUUGACAGGUUUUAAAAAUUUGGAUUAAUAAAGUUAACAUUACUUUGAUUUUUCAGUCUUGCUUUUAAAUGUAUUUUUUGAAAAAACAUGCUACAAAAUGAAACCAAUGUGGAACCAAUACAGAUUUUCCUUCA